AUGGUUGCUGACAGAGGAUACACUAUCUUGCUAACUCACCUCCAUCGCCCUUCCAACACCCUCCCUUUGUCUACCAUCCAAGCCUCAAUCACACACUUUCUCGCAAACCCUCAACCACUCCCAACGCCUCUCUCUGCUGCCGUCGUCAGCAGCCCGUCCUUUCAGCCAUUAUCCCACUCCAAACUCCAAGCUCUCAACACUUCUUUCCGCCAUGCUGUUCAUAUAAAAUCAUGCGCUCUCAAGUCUGACCAGCCUGGCAUAUUUGCACAGAGUAUCGGUGCGCAGUUAAAGAGCUGGGCUUCAGCUGUCGUAAAAGGUCUCCAGGGAGGACAAGCCAUCAUAAAAUUGGCAUGCUGUAGCGGUCUGUUGCUUGGUUUGGACGACAUCACAUCAACCUUACCUACCAAUCAGCGAAACAUUCGAGGCCGUGUAGAAGAUGAACUCGUGUUGACAGUUGCCGAGGUCAUUGAUAUCUUCUCCUUCAGGCAGUCCUUUGAUGCAUGGGGAAAGGCCUUUGAGCCCGCUACAGAAGACGGAGAAGUCGACGCACUGUCCUUGGCUUUGAUCACGGGGUCCCAGUCAUUACUGCUAGUAGCUUCUGAUAAAGUGGCAGCACUCCCUCUGGCAUCUCUUUUGAGACUCGUCGCAUACACAAUCAGUUCUGCGUUCCAGUCCGGUAUUUUCCUGUCGUCUUUGCACUCUUCGGUGCUUUGCAAUGAAGAAUCCAGAGUGCAUAUACCCACCGCGGCACCAAUACGGACUGCAGUUUACUCCAUAUCAUCUUCACCAUUGAUAUCAUCCAUGGGCUCACUAUCGAAACUCUGCGCGAGGACGCUGUCGAUUCUAAUAGAUAACCGGCCCAAGCAGCAUAUGAACGAGAUCCUUAGUACCUUUGAGCUGCUCGAGUCUAUUGCGGCAAAACUCGAUGCUGAUUGGUCGAGCAGCAUUUUAUCUGAAGGACUUGACCAUGACUCGAUUGCUCCAGAUAGUCGGGAAAUAACGACCUCACUGUGGAAUAUCCUGAAGACGCUUCUUUUCGCCACGAUCAUGAUUACUGAAUCAGCUCUGUCCACCAUCGUCUUCCUCCCACCUACACUUUUUCAGGGUUCGUCCAGGGUAUCCCCGAAGGCGGUGGUAUUGGCUCCGCAGCUACCCUCGACGUGUGCGUUGACCACCCUCCACACGCUCUCUCAUCUAUCUUUUGUGAUUUCACAAUUCGGUGGCGUGACAAGCACUGCGACAGGGGGGUUUGUGGAGCUUAAAAAAGCGUUUUAUACGGCGCUUGAUGUCCUUUCUGCUGAUUCCGCAGAAAGCGAGCGAUUUGUAAGAGAGCUGUGUGAUUCCCUGAAAUCCAAUGGCAUCAACUCUAUUCACCCCGUUCAGAAAGUCAAACAAGCAUUUGCACUUGCGAGUAUCGAGCAGCUCGUACCUGUUCUUGAUCCAGUUAUCGUAGAGGACGUCAUCCUCCCCCUAUGUCUACCACUCCUGUCUGAUUCCACUCAUCGUGAGACCUAUGAAUCAGCACACAGUGUUGUGCUUGCCAUCCUUGCUUCGCACACCCAGAAAGGUGGCCAAGGGAACAUUCCCUCGUCUACGGGCCGACCCGAAGCGCGUAUCAGAGAAGACAGUCAGCAUGUUGCCAACUCAGGUCUCCACGCGAAUGGUCGGUUUGCGGUGUGCAUUAUCCCGUUUUAUGCUGCUUGUUUGAUAGAGAAUUCGGUGGAGGGCACGUUGAGCGAUACUCAGCUGUGCCUUGCGUAUGCUGCGCUGGUUCGAAGCGCGAGUACUUCGGCAGACGAUACGAGGGAUGAGCAGUAUGCUCUUGCGUGGUUCUGCGUCGAUGCGCUCUUGACCGCCAUACGCUGGCUUUCAUAUCCUACUUCCGCAAACGCGAACGCGGAUCGUCUACACCGUCUACACCUGACCCUCAUAUCCUGCGUCCCCUCCCUCCCACUCCCACUCCUUCCUCGCGUGCUGGAGGCAACACGCGCCAUCGUCGACUCGGCGUCUACUGCAGAUCAUACCCAGCGCCAAGAGCUGGUAGACGCCCUGUUUGCUGAGAUCACGGAGCAUGUGGGUGAUAGGGAGAGGGAGCUGACUAUGCGGUGGUGGAUUGAGAAUCGGAAGAGGUGGGAGGUGAGGGGUCAAGGAGGUGCGCAACUUCGGGGUGCAUCGAGGGGCGGAGAGAGUAUGUUUGGGAAGUGGUGGGCUGAGCGGCUGGGAAGGUCUUUGGGGGCUGGGCAGGGUGUAGUUGCAGAUGGUGUUGUCGAUCAGGGUGAAGCUGAGCCCACUGCGAGCGCUCGAUUGUGA